CAGAAAGUAUUCCUUGCGUCUACAAAUUCCGGUUUUGCCGACUUUGCCGUCAUUGUUUUUACACUUUAAAGAUUAAAUUCUACCCGUACAUAACAAGAAAAAUAAACGAUAGUUUAAAGCUAUCCUUAUUACAAUUUGUUAAGAAUAUAAAUUGAAAAAUGGCCGGUCUUGUUGUUCAAUCGCGUUUUGCGGGGCUAAUGGUGGAAGGCGAAGAUUAUUGCUCGGAUGAUCAGAAGAAGAAAGUCAAGAAUAACGUCGCUAAAAAAGCCGAGCCUGCAAAAAAGGCAAAGCCUGUCCCAGCUAAGACUCAGGUAGCUAAGAAGAAAAAGCCUAAGCAGGCUGCUCAGUCGUCCAACCAGUGGGAGCAGUGGAAAGAGAAGGAUGAACAACUCGUGGAUGGUAAUUUUGAAGAAGAACUGCAACAGGCUAUUCUACUCUCCAAAUUAGACUAUGAAGAAAAGAAAGAUGUCUACCAGCAGAUAAAGAAAGAGACAGAUAUUACAAAGAAGAAAGAAGAAACUGCCCGCACAUCCACAAAAAAGCAAAAAAAGAAAAAUGUGAUGAGCCUGGACCAGUUUAACGACAUGGUGGCUGGUGAUGAAUCUAAAACAAGCCAAGAAGACGAAAAAUCCACAGAAUCCAAAAGCGAAAAGCCUAAAGACGACACAGAGUUCUUCGAAAGAGUAAAAUCAGAGACAAAGAACGAAUUACUAAAAGACAAAAUCAUAGACAGAGUGAAGUCACAACCUAGACACCACACCCCGGAUAUAACUAAGGCACAUUUUGUUGACGCGCUGGAAAAGAAAGAUCAAGAAAUACAUGCAUUAAAGGAAGAGGUCUUAAAUUUGAAAAAAGAAUUGUUAACGGUCAAGUCUAGAAAUAAGAAGUUGUGCAGUAUACUAGGGCAGGGUGAAAUGAAAGACAAAGCGGAAGUAUUGGUAGAAGUGGAAAGGCUAAGGGCUGUCCAAAACGAGUUGACCGCCGAGAUCGAGUCCCUCCACACCGACCUCGAGAAGGAGCGCUCCAAGAACGGGGACCCCCGGGCUAAAGAUAAGAAAAAUAACACAAAGAAGAAACACAUACGUUUUGACGUCUCCUCCGAAGCCCUAAUAACAAAAGAAUCAAGUUCUGGGACUGCAUGAGAAUAGAGUAAUUAAUUUAUAAAAGAUAUAAAGAAACUAAAGUGAUAGUAAAAGAUAUAGAAAUAAAUGCCUAAUUUACAGAAA